AACCACAGGCGGAACCGGAAGUGCAGCGUGCGCUCGGCUGGGCUGGGAAGACGGCGCUGAGCGGUGGGCGAAAGUCGGGCAGCUGGGUUGGGAAUCGAUCUUCAGAGAUGCACAGGAUGAUUUGAAGCACCAUGCUGAUUGCUGCCUAUGUCGCUUUUGCUUUUCUCCUCCUGAUAUGUUUGGGCUUGGAGUUCUCUGCCUGCCGCUCCAGGCUCACCAGCAGGUCUUACUCCAACCCAGCCUUCUUGCGGUUCCAGCUAGAUUAUUAUCAAGUCUACUUCCUGGCUCUCACAGCUGACUGGUUGCAAGGACCUUAUCUUUACAAACUCUACCAGCACUAUAACUUCUUGGAGGCCCAGAUCACCAUCAUUUAUGUUUGUGGCUUUGCCUCAAGUGUAUUAUUUGGAUUGGUCUCCAAUUCCUUGGUUGACCGCUUGGGCCGAAAAAAGUCUUGCAUCCUUUUUUCUUUGACUUACUCUAUCUGCUGCUUCACAAAGCUCUCCUGGGAUUAUUUUGUGCUAAUUGUCGGAAGGAUAUUAGGUGGGCUCUCCACUGCUCUGCUGUUCUCUGCCUUUGAGGCAUGGUAUGUGCAUGAGCAUGUGGAACGCCAUGAUUUCCCAGCAGAGUGGAUUCCUGCCACCUUCUCUAGGGCUGCCUUCUGGAAUAGUAUCAUUGCUAUUGGAGCUGGCGUAGUAGCCAAUAUCUUUGCUGAAUGGCUGGGAUUUGGCCCAGUAGCUCCCUUCAUGGUUUCUAUUCCCUUUCUUGUGCUGGCUGGUACCUUGGUUAUGAAGAACUGGGAUGAGAAUUAUGGAAAGAAGAGGGCACUGUCCAGGACUUGCACCGAUGGCUUGAAAUGCCUUCUCUCUGACCGUCGUGUCCUGCUUUUGGGGACCAUUCAGGCCUUAUUUGAAAGUGUCAUCUACAUCUUCAUCUUCCUCUGGACUCCAGUCCUGGACCCCUACAACCCACCUCUAGGCAUUGUCUUCUCCAGUUUCAUGGCUGCCAGCAUGGUUGGCUCCUCACUAUACCGUGUGGCAACCUCCAAGAAAUAUCACCUCCAGCCCAUGCACAUCCUUUCCCUUUCAGUCCUAAUGGUGUUUUUUUCACUCUUCAUGCUGACUUUCUCAACCAAUCCUGGGCAAGAGAACCCGUCGGAAUCCUUCUUGGCCUUCCUGCUCAUUGAACUAUCCUGUGGGCUCUACUUCCCUUCCAUGGGUUUUCUCAGGCAAAAAGUGAUUCCUGAGAAGGAUCAGGCAGGCGUGAUGCAUUGGUUCCGUGUUCCACUGAACCUGCUGGCUUGCCUCGGGCUGCUUAUCCUCCAUGAUAGUGAUUAUAAGACAGGCACCAGGAAUAUGUUCACUAUCUGCUCUGUGAUGAUGAUAAUGGCCCUUUUGGCUGUUGUAAGCCUCUUUACUGUUGUCCGAAACAAUGCAGAGCUCAGGCUGCCCAGUUCAUCUAGUCAGGCUGAGAUAUCUUCUCCUGAGCUCUGAUCUAGCGCAUGGUGAGGUGUUUGUAGGGAAGAUGCUUUGGAACUAGCCAAUUGUCCAUAAUGUAUCACAGAGCCAGUAUUGUAUAUACACAAGGAGUCUGCAAAGAGAACACUGACCCUCUGCCAAGUCCUUUGUGGACCUCUUCCACAUACUGGAGGAAUAAAGUGGAUACAUGUCUCAUUUUCUUCUUUUCAACAAAGAUGGGCCACAUUACAAGCUUGGUUACAUCUAUGACAAGCAUAUCUCCCCCCCCCUUCUCUUUUUUUUCCCACUUGGAAUUCUUAAUUCCAGUGGCUUCUUGGCUUCUGCUAGCCAAAUAUGGAGGUUGCUGUCUGCUACUUCAUACUGAAUUGAUGGUGGCAGAUAAUGGCUUACAAGGACAAAGCAGUUUUUUU